CAAGGUGACGGCCCAGCUAACAUGGCUAGCUAGAGCAGCAAGACGUUUUUUUCUCUCCAGGCUUUCAAUCUUGGAGGAGCUAGCUAGAUCAGCCAACUAGCAAUCUUGCCACAACACGGCUGUUCCAUGAAUUUAUCGCAAUGUGUUAUUUAAAUAUAGGACUAGUAUGGAUAAUCUACUUCUGUGCAGUGAACACUUUGAAGAAUGGAUAAUUACAAGAUAAUCAACAAAAUUGGAGAAGGGACAUUUUCAGAAGUGGUGAAGGCUCAAAACCUGAAAGAUGGGAAAUAUUAUGCGUGUAAAACGAUGAAGCAGUCACUCAGCAGCCUGGAACAGGCCAACAACCUGCGAGAAGUCCAGGCCAUGAAAAUACUGAACCCUCACCCAAACAUCAUUCAGCUGCAUGAAUUGAUAUUUGACAAAGAGUCAGGGACUCUGUCCUUGGUAUGUGAGCUGAUGGAGAUGAACAUCUAUGAGUUCAUACGAGGGAGGCAGCAACCUUUGCCAGAAAGUAAAAUCAGACACUACAUGUACCAACUUUGCAAGUCACUCGAUCAUAUGCAUAGCAACGGGAUCUUUCACCGGGACAUUAAGCCAGAGAACAUUCUAAUCAAACACGACGUGCUCAAACUUGGAGACUUUGGCUCAUGCAGGAGUUUGCACUCCAAGCCCCCCCACACAGAAUACAUCUCCACCCGCUGGUACAGAGCCCCAGAGUGCCUCCUCACAGAUGGCUAUUACUCCCACAAGAUGGACAUGUGGAGUGUAGGAUGUGUUUUCUACGAGAUCAUCAGUCUCAGCCCUCUGUUUCCGGGAACCAGUGAGUUGGAUCAGGUGACCAAGAUCCAUGAUGUUUUGGGUACACCUGACAACAGUCUCCUUCAAAAAUUCCCUCAGUCUAGGGCGAUGCGUUUUGACUUCCCUCUGCGGAAAGGCAGUGGAAUAUCUCAGCUCAUCCCAAACUGUUCAGGACCCAGUCUGUCGUUGCUCUACCAGAUGCUGACCUACGACCCAGAGGAGCGCAUUGGCGCAAGAGCGGCGCUACAGCACAUCUUUUUUAGAGAGCUACGGCUGGCGGAGAGGAGAGCUGAUAGUCUGCGCAGGGCCAUUGUGACUGUAGAGGGAGGAGAGAGCAGUGGCACCCCCAACUCUGUGGAUCACCUGCGGCGCAUGGCCAGACAGMGCAGGAGGCAGCACAACAUUAAGCACGUUGCCGAGCCUCUGAUCAGACGCAACGCCCCACAGGUGGAAUUACCAAAGCUCAAUGUGGUAGUGCCUGCACCCCAGAUGACCUACCCUGUUAGCACAGUGCCAGUUCUCACCAUCACUCACCGUGGGUCCCUCCCAGCCAUCACAUCAAAAAAGUGCCACUCGCGGUUGGCUAAGCCAAGGGAUGAAUCCCACUGCUCUGCUUUCAAGACCUACUACAUGCCUCCUCUGGAUAGGAAACCUGGUGGCUACUGAGAGCCCCAAUUCUUAAGAACUGUUGCUGUUCAACAGACCUGUUGUACCUACUCGGAUUAGAUUUUUUUUUUUUUGGUUAGACAUUGUUGAACAAAGCUACUUAGCUACUUCAAAGCCUGAUGCUUUCUUGUGAGCAAUGCUAACAUGGUGUUGGACAAAGGAAUGUCCCAUAGCAAUAAUUACCAGGGUUAAUUUGUAUAAGUCAUCAUUCCGGCAGAUGAAAUACAACAUGAUCCCCAAAGUA